AUAAGCACUACACUCACUGACCGAUAUUUGAGUGCCAUCGUGAAAAUUGAUUCAAGUUUGCGUAAAUGGCUUCUUCCGCACCGAAAGUCGCGCCACCGGAGCGCCGCGACCCUCUUAGCGUUGUUGACAAGCAGGCCGAUGAGAUCGUAGCACUUAUCAAGAAGAGCAAGCACUUCAUUGUUUUCACGGGUGCAGGCGUCUCGACUUCAGCCGGCAUUCCCGACUUCCGCGGACCAGAAGGUGCUUGGACACUGAGAGCUCAAGGAAGAUCCCGCACGGGAAAGGCAACCAGCACGCUUCAAGCCAUCCCGACACCGACGCAUAUGGCCCUGGUAGAACUCCAGAGCCAAGGGGUUCUGAAGUAUCUUGUCAGUCAGAACUGCGACGGUUUGCAUCGAAGGAGUGGCAUUUUACGAGUAAGAGCCCGACUAUACGCUCUUGGUCGAUCUGACUGGUCACCGCAGGAUCGAAUUUCGGAACUUCACGGUAACAGUAAUCGAGAAUGCUGCAAAGACUGUGGCAAAGAGUACAUAAGAGACUUCCGUGCUGUCGCGAGCUACGAAAAGUCAGUACAUGAUCAUCGAACAGGCCGCAAGUGCACGUCAUGCGGAGGAAUUCUCCUCGACACUAUCAUCAACUUUGGGGAAUACUUGCCAGAAGAACCACUCAGGCUUGCUCGAAGUCAUGCUAAGAAGGCUGAUCUUUGCAUUGCGCUCGGAUCAUCCCUCAGCGUUCCUCCAGCGAGUGGAAUCCCCGAGACAUGCGGAAAGAGUCGAAAUAGCAAGCUUAUCAUCUGUAAUCUGCAAGAGACUUUCAUGGAAGGCCUUGCAGAUAUGCAUGUUUGGGCCGAAUCAGAUGUUUUGAUGACAAGAGUGAUGGAUAGGCUUGGAUACCCCAUUCCAAGCUUCAUAUUGAAGCGCAGACUUGUCAUCAAGAUGGAGCGAGAUGCACACGAACGUCAAGUGAUUAUACUGACAGGUGUCGAUACCGAUGGCACGCCAGUUACGUACCUCCAAUCUGUCAAGCUUGAGGAUAGCAGACGAGUAGUAAGGUCUGAGCCCUUUUCAUUCGUCUUCCGAGAAGGUCUGAGUACUGGAGCCGAUGUCAAGUUCGCACUUGAGUUCAUGGGACAUUACAACGAACCUAAUGUCAUAAUUGACUUCAGUGUUCCUGAGGAAGAGGGCGCAGAGACGGUGUAUGAUCUUUCAUAUGACCCGGCAACACUCACUAUGAUUGCCUCUAAACUCUUUGUUACUCUGGGCAUAUCCUUGUGCGCCAGUGCUUUCAGUCUCUACGAAGCUGGAACUGAUAAGCAUGUAACAAAAGCCUGCGACAGGGCCGUGGCAGCGGAUGUCAAUUGCGACCAAGAAGCCUACAGCUUUAUCAAGGGAGGUUGGUACGGCUCGCUUGAGAGUGAAUCCUUGACUGAUGCAGUUUGCACCGAUACUUGCUCUCAAUCACUCCAAGACUGGGUCACCAAUGUUUCCGAGGACUGUGAGGAUAAAAACAAGGCCCGAUACGGUCUUCGUAUCUGGACAGGCUCGAAUGCGACUUGUAUGAUAGACACCAAGACAGGACGAUACUGCAAUGAUAUCAUCCAAGAUUUCACUGAUGUUGGAGACGACGGGGAACUCCCGCACGAUGAGCUUUGCCACCCUUGUUAUGUGAAGCGUCUCGAGAUGUAUAAACCCUCGCCGUACGCCCUCAACACCAAAUGGCACGAAGAGCAACUUGAGCUCGUGCACAAGAAGUGCAGUGGCUCGACCCCGACAGAGACUGCCACGCUUGUGUCAGAGAAGAGUGAACUAUCCGAGACGGCGACUACGGCAGAGGUCUCGAAAGCUUCUCAAAAGGCCAACAGCGAGGAAGAGUCUGUGUUGUCCACUGGGACCCCGGAGCAGACUACAUCAUCUGAACCGACUGUGUCAUCCACGCCCAAUGCAGCUGCCAAGGCUGAACGGGGAGAGCUGUUCGGGUCUCGGGCUCUGAUGCUUCUUUUGUCGAUGAACCUCUUCUUUGUGUAA